AUGGGCACCCUGCGGGAUUUACAGUACGCGCUCCAGGAGAAGAUCGAGGAGCUGAGGCAGCGGGAUGCUCUCAUCGACGAGCUGGAGCUGGAGUUGGAUCAGAAGGACGAACUGAUCCAGAAGCUGCAGAACGAGCUGGACAAGUACCGUUCGGUGAUCCGGCCGGCCACCCAGCAGGCGCAGAAGCAGAGCGCGAGCACCUUGCAAGGCGAGCCGCGAACCAAGCGGCAGGCGAUCUCCGCUGAGCCCACCGCCUUUGACAUCCAGGAUCUCAGCCAUGUGACCCUGCCCUUCUACCCCAAGAGUCCACAGUCCAAGGAUCUCAUAAAGGAGGCCAUCCUUGACAAUGACUUUAUGAAGAACUUGGAGCUGUCGCAGAUCCAAGAGAUUGUGGAUUGUAUGUACCCAGUGGAGUACGGCAAAGACAGCUGCAUCAUCAAAGAAGGAGAUGUGGGGUCACUGGUGUAUGUCAUGGAAGAUGGUAAGGUUGAAGUUACAAAAGAAGGCGUGAAACUGUGCACCAUGGGUCCUGGAAAAGUGUUUGGAGAGUUGGCUAUCCUUUACAACUGUACCCGGACGGCGACCGUCAAAACUCUUGUAAAUGUGAAACUCUGGGCCAUUGAUCGACAAUGUUUUCAGACGAUAAUGAUGAGGACAGGACUUAUCAAGCAUACCGAGUAUAUGGAAUUUUUAAAAAGCGUUCCAACAUUCCAGAGCCUUCCUGAAGAGAUCCUCAGUAAGCUUGCUGACGUCCUUGAAGAGACCCACUAUGAAAAUGGGGAAUAUAUCAUCAGGCAAGGUGCAAGAGGGGACACCUUCUUUAUCAUCAGUAAAGGAAAGGUUAAUGUCACUCGUGAAGACUCGCCAAAUGAAGACCCAGUCUUUCUUAGAACCUUAGGAAAAGGAGAUUGGUUUGGAGAGAAAGCCUUGCAGGGGGAAGAUGUGAGAACAGCAAAUGUAAUUGCGGCAGAAGCUGUAACCUGCCUUGUGAUCGACAGAGACUCUUUCAAACAUUUGAUUGGAGGAUUAGACGAUGUUUCUAAUAAAGCAUAUGAAGAUGCAGAAGCUAAAGCAAAAUAUGAAGCUGAAGCUGCUUUCUUCGCCAACCUGAAGCUGUCUGAUUUCAACAUCAUUGACACCCUUGGAGUUGGAGGUUUCGGACGAGUAGAACUGGUCCAGUUAAAAAGUGAAGAAUCCAAAACCUUUGCAAUGAAGAUUCUCAAGAAACGCCACAUCGUGGACACAAGACAGCAGGAACACAUCCGCUCGGAGAAGCAGAUCAUGCAGGGGGCUCAUUCUGACUUCAUAGUCAGAUUAUACAGAACAUUUAAGGACAGCAAAUAUUUGUAUAUGUUGAUGGAAGCUUGCCUAGGUGGAGAGCUCUGGACCAUUCUCAGGGAUCGCGGGUCAUUUGAAGAUUCUACAACCAGAUUUUACACAGCAUGUGUGGUAGAAGCUUUUGCCUAUCUGCAUUCCAAAGGAAUCAUUUACAGGGACCUCAAGCCGGAAAAUCUCAUCCUAGAUCACCGAGGUUAUGCCAAACUGGUUGAUUUUGGCUUUGCAAAGAAAAUAGGAUUUGGAAAGAAAACAUGGACUUUUUGUGGGACUCCAGAAUAUGUAGCCCCAGAGAUCAUCCUGAACAAAGGCCAUGACAUUUCAGCCGACUAUUGGUCACUGGGAAUCCUCAUGUACGAGCUUCUGACUGGCAGCCCACCUUUCUCAGGCCCAGAUCCUAUGAAAACCUAUAACAUCAUACUGAGGGGGAUUGACAUGAUAGAAUUUCCAAAGAAGAUUGCCAAAAAUGCUGCUAAUUUAAUUAAAAAACUAUGCAGGGAUAAUCCAUCAGAAAGAUUAGGGAAUUUGAAAAACGGAGUGAAAGACAUUCAAAAGCACAAAUGGUUUGAGGGUUUUAAUUGGGAAGGCUUAAGAAAAGGCACCUUGACACCUCCUAUAAUACCAAGUGUUGCAUCACCCACAGACACAAGCAAUUUUGACAGUUUCCCUGAGGACAAUGACGAACCACCACCUGAUGACAACUCAGGAUGGGACAUAGACUUCUAA